CUCAAGAGACUGCUUGGUGUCUGAGGUGUCACAUCUGAAAACACUUCUCUUGGUUACUACAAAACAAAAAUAUUAAAAGCAUUUUGUGGCAUGUUAAGGGAAGAAGCAACUGAAGUUGCAACAUAAGUGAUAAACUGUGGUGCUGUGUUUGUGUUUUGGCAGAGUUGUGCAUCUGUACUUGUAAAGUCUGCUUACAUUUAGCAACUGUUAAAGCAGGACAGAGCUAUUGCAGAUGGCCUCAGACAUUCUGAUGCAUAUUCAUUUGAUUGCAGUACAUUCUCAUCAUGAAAACAACUGAAACUAGCUUAUGUAUUUAGUUAAUGACCCCAUACAUCUUCAUAUCUUAGUAAAUAAGCCAUUGUGAUUUGCUGUUAUCACAGCUCACAACACAAGGAUGGCAUGUUGCAAUAGUAUGGGGGUAGAAUUGUUGCAUUAUUCCAAAUAAAUAAAUUAUGAUCCACCAACAAAAAAAUUUAACAUACUGACAAAUAAAUAGAAUGAGAUCCAAAAAUAAAUCUCAGAGUUUCACAAACAUUGAUUAAAUUCACAAAUAAAUAAAAUGAGAUUUGCAAAAAAAAAAAAAAACAACAAAAAAAAAACCUCACAAAUACAUUUUAAUAUCACAAACACAACUUAGUCUGCCAUUCAUUUGUGAAUCGCGUCCUGUACAUUUGUAGAUUGCUGUUACAUUUUUUGUAACUCUCUUUACAUUUGUCUGUGGAUCAUAAUCUAUUUAUUUGGAAUAAUGCAACAAUUCUACCCCCAUACUAACAUCCCAGUUGCUCCCUAAAAGAUUAUAUGGUCAGAAACUUGAUCCAAGUGCAGCAUUAGUUUAUUUUAAAAAACACAAACACAGAUAAUUCACAGAGGAAACAGGAAGGCAACAGCUUACCAACAUGCAAAGACAUCGACUGAUAAAGAGGGACUGAAGCACUGGGCUGUAUAUCCACAGGAAAGCUUACAAGAUAAGCUAGACACGCUAAGGGAGACAAUCAAGGGAACCAAUGAAACAAAGGGACUACACACUAUAACAGGAAACAACAAAUACAACAUAAAAGUCCAGACAAAUGGAGAACAUGUAUCACAGUGUCUGGCCUUGAGCUAGGAUGCAGACUCUCUACCUGUGAUACUCACAUUGUGGAUCUCCAGGGAUAUUCUCCAGCGAUCUCCCCUAAUCUCCUGUGUCUGCUACUUACUUCCAGAGUAUCCUCCAUGUCUUCAGCGAUCCCCCUGCCCAGUAUAAACCUGUGUAAGUAAGAUAAGUCUACUGACGUUAUGAGAUGAGACCCUCCACGUUGUGUUGUCUUCACUGCUCUGUCACCUGUGUGGAAAGUCCAUCAUCAUCAUCAUCUUCAUCCCUCUUUUGAUUAAUGUUCACUGUUCAGUUUACUCACCUGUUUGCCUUCACCUUUCUGUGAAUAAGAAACUAACAUCCUGUCUAAGUCUGGUUUAUCUUGAAAAUAGGAUGUUUUGUAGUUUUGUGGUGGUGUACGUUAAUAUGUUGUCAUUCUAAUUUAGUUUUUUUUUCCUUUCAAACACUGUUUCAAAAUAUGGCUCUGAUUAUGUUUAGUUUAUAAAAAUAUAAUGAGUAAUAGAGAUAAAGAACCCCUUGAACUGCUGCUGAACUACAUAUAUUAAUAUAGAUGGUAUAUACAGAUACCAUGUAUAUUCAUAUUUUUAGUUCAGCAAAAGGACAUGGAAUUUGCCCCUAUGUCAUGCAAUAAAAUAUUUCAGGUGCACACAGAGUUAAUUAUAAACCAUUGAUUGAACCCAGAUUUGACUAUAAAACAUUUUAUAGUGAACUUUGUGAGAAUGCUAUGCCUGAUUUAAAUUGUGUUGGACUUGUUUGGAGUUGUUUUGGCUGCCAUCUGCCCUGGACUGUGUGCUCUUUCCCUUAAGGGGUGGUUUUUAUUUACCUAACUGUUAUAUUUUGUAUUUGUAAGGUUGUUUGUGAGACGGAAUGGACUUUGUUAUUUCCUAUGAAUCUGCAGUUAAAUACAAUCUGAGUCACACCUUAAAGACACAUUUACACACAUCUCUCAAACACAGAACCAGGAAAACUGUUUCAAGCUGUUUAAACGAAAGCAAGACUUGUUGAGUUGAUGUUUGUUUCUGAAUGUACAUACAGUGAAAUGGCAGAAACCAGUUUUUCUCUGGAUCAGUUCAGCUGUCCGGUGUGUCUGGAUCUCCUGAAGGAUCCAGUGACCAUUCCCUGUGGACACAGUUACUGUAUGAGCUGUAUUACAAGCUACUGGGAUCAGGAGGAUCAGAAGAGAGUCUACAGCUGCCCUCAAUGCAGACAGAACUUCCUUCCAAGACCUGCUUUAAAUAAAAACACUGUGCUGAGUGAAGUGGUGGAGCAACUGAAGAAGACCAAACUCCAGGCGUCUGUUCCUGCUGGACCUGAAGAUGUGGAGUGUGACGUCUGUACUGUGAGAAAAAAUAAAGCUGUCACGUCCUGUCUGGUGUGUCUGAACUCUUACUGUCAAAAUCACCUCCAACAACAUGAGAAUUUCUUUAAAGGUAAGAGACACAAUCUGACAGAAGCCACUGGACGACUUCAAGAGAAAACCUGUCCAACACAUAAUAAAUUACUGGAGAUCUAUUGUCAUACUGACCAGCAGUGCAUUUGUUAUCUGUGCACGAUGGAUAAUCACAAACACCAUGAUACUGUAGCAGCUGUAGCAGAGAGGACAAAGAAACAGAUAAUUUUGAAAGAGACACAGAGAAAGUUCCAGCAGAGAAUCCAGCAAAUAAAGAAAGAUCUUGAGGAGCUGAGAGAGGCUGUGGAGUCUCAUAAGUGCUCUGCAGAGAGAGCAGUGGAGGACAGCGAGAGGAUCUUCAUUGAGCUCAUCUGUUCUAUUGAGAAAAUCCGCUCUAAAAUGAUGCAGACGAUCAGAGAACAAGAAAAGGCUGCUGUGAGUCGAGCCGAAGGACUCAUUGAGCAGCUGAAGCAGGAGAUUGAUGACCUGAAGAGGAGACACACUGAACUGGAGCAGAUUUCUCACACAAAUGAUCACAUCCAUUUUCUCAAGAGUUUCCGGUCUCUCGCUGUAUCUCCUGAAUCUGCAGAUGAACCCAACAUCACUGUCAGCUCUCUCCUCUCUUUUGAUGAUGUGAGAAAGUCUGUCUCUCAACUCAAAGAAAAACUAGAGGAUUUCUGUCGAGAGGAGAUAGAAAAGAUAUCUGGCAGAGUAACAUAUGUUGAAAUUAUUCCCACCAAUGAACCCAAGAUCAGAGAGGAGUUCCUACAGUAUUACAGUAAGUUCACUCUGGAUCCAAACACAGUGAAUGAACAUCUCCGUCUGUCUGUCUGGAAUGGAGUGUUUAAUGUCCCUAAUGUAGUCCAGCAGUAUCCUGAUCAUCCAGACAGAUUUGAUCAUUUUCCUCAGGUGUUGUGUAGAGAGAGUGUGUGUGGACGCUGUUACUGGGAGCUGGAGUGGAGCGGUGAUGAUGGUGUGGACAUAUCAGUGUCAUAUAAGAGCGUCAGCAGGAAAGGAGGCAGGAACGAGUGUGUUUUUGGAUGUAACGAUCACUCCUGGAGUUUGGACUGCUCUGCAUUACUUUACUCAUUCUGGCACAAUGACAGCUACACUGAUCUUUCUGUACCAUACGGGCGCAGGAGAAUAGGAGUGUAUGUGGAUCACAGAGCAGGAACUCUGUCCUUCUACAGCGUCUCUGACACAAUGAGCCUCAUCCACAGAGUGCAGACCACAUUCACUCACCCUCUCUAUCCUGGGUUUGCCGUUCACAGCGGAUCAACAGUGAAACUGUGUGAUCUAACCAUAUAGAUUACAGAGAGUCUAAUUCUGAAGAAUACAUAAUGUGGUUUUAAGCCACAUGAUGAAUCAGUCACUGAGAAAUUACUGCAGUCUCUUAUUUGCUAUCAAUAAUACAUACAGAAAGCUGAACUUCUUUGAAUAUCAGAUGUUAACAGAGUAAAACGAUUAGAGAUUAAAGACAAUUCUAACUGUUGUGCUGAUUAAAUUAUUGUGAGGGAAUAAAAAGGGUUGAACUGAGUUACUGCAUACAGAGUUUCCACUACAGUGCAUAAUAUAUGGUACUUGAAAUGGUUAUACAGCUUAUAUAGGCCUAACUUUUUAUAUUAUAGGCAUUUUAUUUUAUAUUGAAAUAUUGAAAUGCUGCUGUCCAUGUGUUUGAUUUGAGAUAUAGCCAAUGCAGUCUGUUUUAGUUGCUUUUAGUGUAUAUUAAUGUCACCCUAAUAGAAAUGUUCAUUCAUUCAAAAGCCAUUGUUUGAAAAUAUGGCUCUAAUUAAAUUAAACAUAAUUUAUAAUAUGUAUAAUAUUGGAAUUAAUCAUAUGAUAUAUUAAAGGUGUUGCCUCAUUU